AAUUUCGGACAACGUUCCAAACCAGACGACAAAGAAAGAAAGAGAGAGAGAUGAGAAUGGCUUGUGGAAGGUGCUAAAUCCCAGGAAAAAGACAAUACGUUCGACUCUACCCUCCGCGAGAAGACGGAUAAGCCCAACCAAACACAUUAUCCAAAACCCAAAACAGAACUAAGAUACUUGCCCGAAUUUGAGCUUUCUCAUACGUUAUAUUGACGCCUUUUUCUCACUUCCAACGUGUCUACCCUUCAUCACCAACUUUGUCCCAAAAGGAAAACCUGUUCCAUGGCCGCUUCGCCCAGGAAGAAAAACCCAUCGGAAUCAUCCGCGGACCGACAGGCUACUGCUAUUUUGGUCCAACCAUCUUCUCCGAGGUUCCCGGUUACCUCCUCCGGGGCUCACCGUAAGAUCGGGAUAGCGGUUGAUCUUAGCGACGAGAGUGCCUUUGCCGUUAAAUGGGCUGUUCACAACUACCUUCGUUCGGGUGACACUGUCAUCCUACUUCACGUGCGUCCCACGAGCGUUCUCUACGGUGCUGACUGGGGAGCCAUUGACGUGUCCCUUCCUGAUGAGGGUGAAACGCAGGAAGCUAAGCAAAAGCGAGAGGAAGAGUUUGAUUUGUUCACGAAUAAGAAAAUAAACGAUCUUGCUUUACCAUUGGCGGAAUCUCGUAUACCCUUUAAGGUUCACGUUGUGAAAGAUCAUGAUAUGAAGGAAAGGCUUUGUUUGGAGGUGGAAAGGUUGGGUUUGAGUGCUGUGAUUAUGGGGAGUAGAGGGUUUGGAGCUGCGAAGAGGACUGCAAAAGGGAUUGGAAGUGUGAGCGAUUAUUGUGUUCAUCACUGUGUUUGUCCUGUGAUUGUUGUGAGGUUCCUGGAAGAGAAAGAGACAGAUGGCUGUGGAAAAGUUGAAGGGAAAAUUGGGUUGGAUAAAGAUGGAGAAGUUUUAUGUCCUUUAGUGGAGGAAGAGGAACAGGAGUCCCAGGAUGCCAUGGAUAAACACUCAGCAGAUAUGCAGAAGGCUUCAUGAGCAAUUGCACGGCAAGGAGGAUGCUGAGGCGUUUAGAAGUUGGAAUGGUAUUUAAUGGAUGUCCGAACCGCUCUUGUGUGAAAAUGUUUGUGGUACCGUUAUUUUGUUUCUACAAUAUAUGCCUUUGCAUAUCUGUAAAGUUUGGCCUGAUAAAUGAGUGAUCCGGAGAUCAUCAAUUUGUGUUUGUGCUUUUUGACUUGGUCAAUAUAAUUAGGCUGCACCAUAUUUACGA